AUGGGAAAAAAGGCUGUUAGUAUUGAUACAAAGAAGGGAAUCAUACUUUUACGAGAUACUGGUAUGUGCCAACAUGAAAUUUCAAGAAAAUUAAAUGUUUCUCGGACGUGCGUGCGUCAGGCCAUUCGCAAGUUCAAUGAGCUUCAUACAACAGCUACAAAAUCUGGUGCUGAACGUCCUUUCAAAAUGACACGUCGUCAAAAGCGCGCCAUUAAACUUCAACAACUUCGUGAUGAUACUCUUUCGUUGAAUGAUCUUGUUCGAUAUGCUCAAGCAAAUUUGAAUUUAAAUAUCAGUCGUCAAACAGUAAGCCGUAUCCUACGUGAAUUCGAUUUGGUUUCGUACGUCGCACCAAGAAAGCCUCAAAUCACUCAUGAGCAAAGACGUUGUCGAAUUUUUUGGUGUUAUAAGCAUUUGAACUGGACCGAAACCGAUUGGUCUAACGUUAUAUUUUCCGAUGAAGCGAAUUUUGAAAUAGUAAAUCGGAACAACAGAAUCUAUAUACGUAGAUUUCGGAAUGAUCUAAAGCGUCAUGAAAGAUUUCAACCAAGGGUGCAUCGAGGUGGUGGUUUGGGUAUUUGGUCUUAUAUUACGUACAAUGACUUGGGGCCACCUAUAUUAAAUAAUAAUUCUACAAACAAUAAUCACAAUGAUAUUAAUUAUAAUAAUAAUAAAGCAACAGGUGAUGUAAAACUAAAAAGAUCGAUAAAAACUUUUAAGAAAAAUUUAAUUGAACAUAUACCUAUAGAAACAAAUACAUCCAUUAAUCAUAAUUUAAAUGAAUCAGUAGACAAAUCAGUUGGAGUUAAAACAUGUAUUAAAACUAAAUCUGAAUCAACUGAUGAUAAUAAACUAAAUACUGUUUCUUCAACUGAACAUGAAUGCAUGAAAAUAUGA